AUGAUCCUCCACAUGCAGCUGCUGCUCGCCCUGCUCUGGCUCCUGGCCCUGCCGGCCCUCGGCACUGUACAUUUCCGGGAGCAGUUUUUGGACGGAGCAAAAUGGCAGGAGAGAUGGGUGUUGUCUCAGCAUAAAUCAAAUUAUGGGAAGUUUAGGUUAACUGCUGGGAGUUUUUAUGGAGAUCCAGAAGCAGAUAAAGGUCUGCAAACGAGUGAAAAUUUAAAAUUUUAUGCUAUUUCAUCACGGUUUAAACCAUUCAGUAAUAAAGGAAAGCCUCUGGUAAUCCAGUAUACAGUAAAGCAUGAACAGAAGAUAGACUGUGGUGGUGGUUAUGUGAAAAUAUUCCCCUCUAACCUGAACCAAAAGAACAUGAGUGGAGAAUCGCAGUACUAUAUCAUGUUUGGACCUGAUAUUUGUGGAUCCGAUACAAAGAAAGUCCAUGUCAUUUUAAACUACAAGAGCAAAUUUUAUCCCAAUAAGAAACAAAUUAGAUGCAAAGUUGAUGGAUUUACUCAUUUAUAUACACUAAUCUUAAGACCAGACCACACGUAUGAAGUGAAAAUUGAUAAUGAAAUAGUUGCCUCAGGCAUUUUGGAAGAUGACUGGGACUUCUUACCUCCACGGAGAAUAAAUGACCCAAAAGUGAAGAAACCGGAGGAUUGGGGAGAUGAACCUGAAAUUGAUGAUCCAGAGGACACCAAGCCAGAGGAUUGGAAUGUUGCUGAAUACAUCGUGGACAACAGUGCUGAGAAACCUAAAGACUGGGAUGAUGUUAAACAGGGUGUCUGGCAACCCCCCCUGCUCAAGAAUCCGCUCUACAGGGGGGAAUGGCAGCCCAGGAAGAUCCCAAAUCCAAACUACAGAGGUAUUUGGCCCCAUCCGCAAAUUGAGAAUCCAGCCUAUGUGCCUGAUGAGAGCAUUUCAGUCUACGGGAACAUAAGUGUUAUUGGCCUUGAUCUUUGGCAGGUGAGAUCUGGGACAAUUUUUGAUAAUUUCUUGAUCACAGACGAUGAAACAUACGCAGAAGAAUUUGGUGAUGAAACAUGGGGAGAAACUAAGCACCCUGAGCAGAAAAUGAACCAGAAGCUAAUUGAAGAAGAAAAGAAGAGGGAAAGGGCGAGAGAGGAGGAGGAGAGGCGCCGCAGGGGCCGAGUCGAGGAGGUGCCCAAGAAGAAAGCGUCCAGGCGGCAGAAGCAGCAGCAGCCAUCGCAGACCCUUGUGGCCAAGAAGGAGGAGCUCUGAGGGGGCUCAUAAGGCGGAUCGGAGGAGGAGGAGGAGGAGGAGGGAGUCGACAGGGACAAGACAAG